AAUUUGCAGAUUUUUCCGAUAGAAUUCCAUUGUAAGUUUGUGUGAAGUGGUUUUUAGCAGUCGUGGUUUGUUUUUCGUGAAAAUCACACGGAAAUUGGUCACGCAGGUGUGCUAAAGUGUGAUAAUACAACUCAUUAGAGUUGCACGUUUCAUUGAGCAGUGCUGAAUUACUCAAUAAAUUGUUCAAAAUGGGCUGGGUUAAGAAGAUAAAGGAAUCAACGCCAAUUCACCUUUGUCUGGCCAUAACGUUCUUCACUUCCGGCCUCGUUGUCAACGCUACUCAGCUGGUGCUCUUUAUCACGGUGAAGCCCUUCAAUAAAACUCUCUAUCGCUCCUGCAUGUACUACCUAUGCUACUCACUCUACAGCCAAAUUGUGUUCCUCACUGACUGGUGGUCCAACAGUCGUGUCAUCCUCUAUAUUGAUCCGGACGAUCAGAAAAAAUACUUUGGUCAGGAGCAUGUAAUGGGCCUCAUGAAUCAUACGUAUGAGAUUGAUUGGCUAGUUGGUUGGUCGUUUUGUGAGAAGAUUGGAGUUUUGGGCAAUUGUAAGGCCUACGCCAAGAAGGUCAUUCAGUAUCUGCCCAUCAUUGGGUGGGCAUGGAAAUUCUCGGAAUUUGUAUUCCUCGAACGAUCUUUUGACAAGGACAAGGAGCUCAUUGGGAGGCAGUUAGCUAAUCUUUUGGCCUAUCCGGAUCCCAUAUUUCUUCUGUUGACUCCGGAAGGAACGAGAUUUACCAAGGAGAAGCACGAGGCAUCGGUGAAGUUUGCCAAAGAGAAGGGCACAACCGCCUUGACGUACCAUCUCAUUCCAAGGAGCCGGGGCUUUACGACAAGUCUGCCGCAUUUGAGGGGGAAAUGUCCGGGAAUUCUGGAUGUUCAGUUGGCUUUCAAGACAGAUGACAGGGUGGCUCCGACAGUGUCAAAUCUUCUGUGUGGUCGAGGAGUUACGGCGCACAUGUACAUAAAGCGCAUUGAUCUCAAUGAUGUUCCGGACAAGGAUGAGGAGGCUGCUGAGUGGCUUCAGGAGAUGUUCAGGAGGAAGGAUCGGAUGCAGGAGAGUUUUCACAAGCAUGGUGACUUUUUCACAUCUUCAGGAGUUCCGCGUCUCAAUCAGUAUGAAUAUAAGCCACGCCUCAGGACACUACUCAACACAACUGGAUGGGCAAUCGUCACACUCACCCCAAUGACUUUCUAUCUGGUCAAAAUGCUCCUCAGUGGCGAGAUUAUCUUCUUCUCAAUUGGUGCUGGCAUUCUUUUCACUUUCCAUACGCUACUUCAGAAGGCCAUCGGGAUGUCCAAGAUCAGUAAAGGAUCAGCUUACGGUGCUAUGCAGAAGAAUCAUCAAUAAUGGGUGCGCGUGCAAGAUGGGUGUUUAGCUUCAGAAACCACCUCCUCAAACACUGUACAAAAUAUUAUAUAUUUUGUAUUUUUUUCGACAAUUUAUUUGACUUUUUUGAUUUUUGACCAAUUUAUGAGCUUCCUUGGACCAUUUAGAGAGGAAUUUCCUUUUUUUGUAAUUUUUACUUAAAUUGCGGUCUCUUGUGUUUAUCCGAGGGGAAGUUUGUGUUGAGGGUUUUUUUUUUUUUGGAGCGCUCUGGCACAGUGUCAUCAUGAGAUUGCGUCAGCCCAUUGGACCUCCGGAAUGGAUAAUUAUUUUAGAUAGGUCAUGUAUACUGUAUUGUAAUGUUUUCGAAUGGUAUUUUAUUAAAAGAAAAAACUUGAAAUUGUUGAAAGUAAAA